AUGAGUGAAUUGAGGCGAAUGGCAACUGACUAUGCAUUAGUCGUUCAUCUGAAUGACAUACCUCCAGUCUUGAGAUGGCUUCAGUGGUUCAGCAUACUCAAGUAUCUCUUGGAAGCUCUCGCUGUCAAUGAAGUGGGCUCGGGUCUACAGAUUGUAGAUGUUUUACAAGGAGUGCCAGUCAACGUGUCUGCUCAGCUGAUUAUGAAUCUUGUGAGUACCUUCGUACGAUCUCUUUUGGUUCCGUUUUUAACUCUUGGAUCAGUUGUUCGGAUUUGGAGCCAACAACUACUAUCGGAUUUGGCAUAG